UGGCCUCUGCGCUCGCCUCGGCCGUGGGGUGAGAGCUUGAGGACCUCGGACGUCAGGCCCUCUCCCCGUCAGCACACCGUGUUGCUCGGGACUUGGAGCCGGGACCGCGUGGUCCCAUUUAAGUAGCCAGGGCCGCGGUUUCAGCCAAACCGUGUGCUGGGUGGGAGAGAGUGCCGUGAGGGGGCGGUUCCCGCGGGGAGAGUCGUCCGCCUUCCGCACACGCGGCGCCACUGUGGUUGUGGCCGCGCACAGGCCAGCACGCGGGUUCUUCAGAGCGCGCGACUCGACGCCUCUAGCCGCGGACCUUCGGUGUCCUCGGAAUCCCAGCGCCGAAGGGUGCGACAGUGCUCGUGACCUCUACCGCACAUGGCGACGCGAAGACCUCAGUGAGCCCCGGCGCCAGGCACUUCUGCAUAACCAGCCUCAUGUGACUCCCCUUUGCUGCUUCUGCCCUACCUUCGUUUUCCUACGACUUGGAGCCGUGACGGAGGCCACAAAGCUGAGGCGCCUGCCAUAGUGGGCAAGUUUGGGCGACUCGCGCUGAGGAGCUAUCCGCCUGACUGCCACCAUCAGAAAGCUCGCCUUGGACCGGGAGUACCUGCCCACAGCACUUACCCUUUCCAGCUGCAGGCAUGCGAAGGGGAAGGUGGUGUCGGGAGCUCACUAGUCCUAAAACAGUCGUCGCUGCUGCCUCGAAAUGGGGAGCAAAGUGCUUAAGGGACUAAAUGCGGCCUCAGAGAUGCCCGCAAAGCGGCUGCCACUGCCGGAGCGUAGCGCAGACUCCGCUGAGUUGAAGGUUCCUACAGUGCGGGCAGCUGCCGUCGCCACUCAGGCGAGGGGCUGAGGGCGCAGAUGGGCAGCUCGCUCUGACCGCUCUCCCUGUACCAGCCAGAGGAAAGUUCCCGCGGCCCCGCGCCUCUUCACAGCAGCUGCGCAGCUCCCUGCUUUUGGCUCUGCAAGUGUCCACUUGAGUCCGAAGAGGCGCUCGGGCCGCCUUCCUCAGCUGCCUGCUCCACCUCGAUGUCCCUCCCGCUCCCAACCCCAUCCCAGCCGUGAGACUCCCUCCCCCGCCCCUCCCCGCCCCUCCCCUCCCCUCCCCCAAAGCACAGCUCGAGCUCGCUCCUGCGCGCGCGCGCUCUCCUGGGCCCAAGUGAAUAGUCCUCGCGCGAGCGGGACACGGUGGUGGAUGCAAUUCCACUCGCCUCCAGCCUCCAGGAGCUCCCCGGAGCCGCAGGCAGCGUCCUCCUCCAAAGCAGCUGCACCGGCAUCUGGACAGCCUGGACCCUUGUGCCCUGCCCCCGGGGCCUCGCGCGGGGGGCGCCCCCGGACAUCCCCUGCGGGCCGGCUGGAGGAGGAAGAGGAGGAGGAGGAGGAAGAAGACUUGGACCGGGACUCCCACCCUAUCCAGGACAUCUGGCUGCGCUGCUGCCACUUCUCUUUAAGGGCAAGGAGGAAAUCCUGGAGAGCCAUGGGGGGCUACGAAGUCCGGGAAUUGCUUUUGCAAUUUGGUUUCUUCUUUCCUCUGCUGACAGCUUGGUCUGGCGACUGCAGUCACGUCUCCAACAACCAAGUUGUGUUGCUUGAUACAACAACUGUGCUGGGAGAGCUAGGAUGGAAAACAUAUCCAUUAAAUGGGUGGGAUGCCAUCACUGAAAUGGACGAACACAAUAGGCCCAUUCAUACAUACCAGGUGUGUAAUGUUAUGGAACCAAACCAAAACAACUGGCUUCGUACAAACUGGAUCUCCCGUGAUGCAGCUCAGAAAAUUUAUGUGGAAAUGAAGUUCACACUGAGGGAUUGUAACAGCAUCCCAUGGGUCUUGGGGACUUGCAAAGAAACAUUUAAUCUUUAUUAUAUGGAAUCAGAUGAGUCCCAUGGAAUUAAAUUCAAGCCAAGCCAGUAUGCAAAGAUUGACACAAUAGCUGCUGAUGAGAGUUUUACCCAGAUGGAUUUGGGUGAUCGCAUACUCAAACUCAACACUGAAAUUCGUGAGGUGGGACCUAUAGAAAGGAAAGGAUUUUAUCUGGCUUUUCAAGACAUCGGGGCUUGCAUUGCCUUAGUCUCUGUCCGUGUUUUCUAUAAAAAGUGCCCCUUCACUGUUCGUAACUUGGCCAUGUUUCCUGAUACUAUUCCAAGGGUUGAUUCUUCCUCUUUGGUUGAAGUACUGGGCUCUUGUGUGAAGAGUGCUGAAGAGCGUGACACUCCUAAACUUUAUUGUGGAGCUGAUGGAGAUUGGCUUGUUCCUCUUGGAAGGUGUAUCUGCAGUACAGGAUAUGAAGAAAUCGAGGGUUCUUGCCAUGCUUGCAGACCAGGAUUCUAUAAAGCAUUUGCUGGGAAUAUAAAGUGUUCUAAAUGCCCUCCACACAGUUUAACCUACAUGGAAGCAACUUCUGUCUGUCAGUGUGAAAAGGGUUACUUCCGAGCUGAAAAAGACCCACCUUCUAUGGCAUGUACCAGGCCACCUUCAGCUCCUAGAAAUGUGGUUUUUAACAUCAAUGAAACAGCCCUUAUUUUGGAAUGGAGCCCACCAAGUGACACAGGAGGAAGAAAAGAUCUCACAUACAGUGUAAUUUGUAAGAAAUGUGGCUUAGACACCAGCCAGUGUGAGGACUGUGGAGGAGGACUCCGCUUCAUCCCAAGACAUUCUGGCCUGAUCAACAAUUCUGUGAUAGUACUUGACUUUGUGUCUCAUGUGAAUUACACCUUUGAAAUAGAAGCCAUGAAUGGAGUUUCUGAAUUGAGUUUUUCUCCCAAGCCGUUCACAGCUAUUACAGUGACCACAGAUCAAGAUGCACCUUCCCUGAUAGGUAUUGUAAGGAAGGACUGGGCAUCUCAAAAUAGCAUUGCCCUAUCAUGGCAAGCACCUGCUUUUUCCAAUGGAGCCAUUCUGGACUACGAGAUCAAGUACUAUGAGAAAGUCUACCCACGGAUAGCGCCGGCAUUUUGGCACUACCUGCGGGUAGAAGAGCAUGAGCAGCUCACCUACUCCUCCACGAGGUCCAAGGCCCCCAGUGUCAUUAUCACAGGUCUCAAGCCUGCCACCAAGUAUGUAUUUCAUAUUCGAGUCAGGACUGCAACAGGAUACAGUGGCUACAGUCAGAAGUUUGAAUUUGAAACAGGAGAUGAAACUUCCGACAUGGCAGCAGAACAGGGUCAGAUCCUCGUGAUAGCCACUGCAGCUGUUGGCGGAUUUACUCUCUUGGUUAUCCUCACUUUGUUCUUCCUAAUCACUGGGAGGUGCCAUUGGUACAUAAAGGCCAAAAUGAAGUCUGAAGAGAAGAGAAGAAAUCACUUACAGAAUGGUCAUUUACGCUUCCCAGGAAUUAAAACUUACAUUGAUCCAGAUACAUAUGAAGACCCAUCCCUGGCAGUCCAUGAAUUUGCAAAGGAGAUUGAUCCCUCAAGGAUUCGCAUUGAGAGAGUCAUUGGGGCAGGUGAAUUUGGAGAAGUCUGUAGUGGGCGUUUGAAGACACCAGGGAAAAGAGAGAUCCCAGUUGCCAUCAAAACUUUGAAAGGUGGGCACGUAGACCGGCAAAGAAGAGAUUUUCUAAGGGAAGCUACUAUCAUGGGUCAGUUUGACCAUCCAAAUAUCAUUCGCCUUGAAGGUGUUGUCACGAAAAGAUCCUUUCCGGCCAUUGGGGUGGAGGCGUUUUGCCCCAGCUUCCUGAGGGCGGGGUUUUUAAAUAGCAUCCAGGCACCGCAUCCAGUGCCAGGGGGAGGAUCUUUGCCCCCCAGGAUUCCUGCUGGCAGACCAGUAAUGAUCGUGGUGGAAUAUAUGGAGAAUGGAUCCCUAGACUCCUUUUUGCGGAAACAUGAUGGCCACUUCACAGUCAUCCAGUUGGUUGGUAUGCUCCGAGGCAUUGCAUCGGGUAUGAAGUAUCUUUCUGAUAUGGGUUAUGUUCAUCGGGAUCUGGCAGCUCGGAAUAUAUUGGUCAACAGCAACUUAGUAUGCAAAGUUUCUGAUUUUGGUCUCUCCCGAGUGCUGGAAGAUGAUCCAGAAGCUGCUUAUACAACAACUGGUGGGAAAAUCCCCAUAAGGUGGACAGCCCCAGAAGCUAUUGCCUACAGAAAAUUCUCCUCAGCAAGUGAUGCAUGGAGCUAUGGCAUUGUCAUGUGGGAGGUCAUGUCCUAUGGAGAGAGACCUUACUGGGAAAUGUCUAACCAAGAUGUCAUUCUGUCCAUUGAAGAAGGUUACAGACUUCCAGCUCCUAUGGGCUGUCCAGCAUCUCUACAUCAACUGAUGCUCCAUUGCUGGCAGAAGGAGAGAAAUCACAGACCAAAAUUUACUGAUAUUGUCAGCUUCCUAGACAAACUGAUCCGUAAUCCCAGUGCCCUUCACACCCUGGUGGAGGACAUACUUGUAAUGCCAGAGUCCCCUGGAGAAGUUCCUGAAUAUCCUUUGUUUGUCACAGUCGGUGACUGGCUGGAUUCUAUAAAGAUGGGGCAAUAUAAGAAUAAUUUCAUAGCAGCAGGGUUUACAACUUUUGACUUAAUUUCAAGAAUGAGCAUCGAUGACAUUAGAAGAAUUGGAGUCAUACUCAUUGGACACCAGAGACGUAUAGUCAGCAGCAUACAGACUUUACGUUUACACAUGAUGCACAUACAGGAGAAAGGAUUUCAUGUAUGAAAGUAAUCCAAGCACCUGUGUUCUGUGCCUCAGCAUUUCUAAAACGAAGGCUAUCCUCUAUGCUAGCCUCUCUUCUGAUUCUCCAAAUAUCACUUCACAAACUGCAGUCUCCUGUUCAGACUAUGGGCACACACCUUAUGUUUAUAUUUCCAACCUGGAUUUUAAAAUCAUGAUACAUAACUCCUCUCUGUACUGGCCUACUGCAGAUGGUUGCUACAGGAUGGUAAAUAACUCAGCAUGGAUGUGUAACUUUGUAUAACGGUGUGUGGGAGGUGUUCAUGACUGACCUGAAAGGAAUUUGCCCAGGUGUGACUUCCCGGAUGAUGUUCUUAGAGUUUGAUGGUAGAUGAAAAAAAAAUGAUUGACACUUCUUUCAUGUUUUGUGAUCAAGUAGGUUACAAAUUGACAUAAACAUUUAUUUUUAGAUAAUUAUAUUCAUUUCUAUGGGUUGUAUUGUUACUUUAUUUCAUAAUUGUUUAACUGUUGGUGCCUGAUCUUGUUAGAAUUACUUGCAGAAAUGACCAAUGAUUUCUUGUAGUGAAUUCCUAUUAUGUGUGACCAUGGAGAGAAAGAGGUUACUGGGGUGAGAGAGGAAGAGACAAUACUGUACUUUUAGAUCUUCUAAGGCUGGGUUUGUUAAUUUUUUUUUUUUAACUAACUUUCUAGUGCCCUACAAAUUUCAUAGGAGGUGGUAGUUUAGAGGCUUUCCCCUCUAAUGUUUUACUAACUGUAGUAUAUUUCUCUAUGACCUUCUGAAGAUCACCUCUGGAAAGACUAAGAAAGAGUCCAUUGCUCUAAUUGCCUCCACAGAGUGAAGCAGGGAAAAAAGUCCAUGACUGAUACCUUGGUUCAUCGUCACAAGUUUCCAAAAGUAAUUUUCCUAGCACUGAGAAAAUUAAUUGUUCUCAGUACAAUUACUUUGAAUAAAAUAUCUAAGAUUAUAGCCUUAGAUUUAGUGUAAAAAGAUUAAUUUAAACAAUUUUGUGAUAGCUAUAUGGUGGAUCAAGAAAAUAAACACAUCUAGCUGACUUGUAUGAUACUGGUGCAUUUAAGAAUUUGUAAGUUUUAUUCAAAAAAUAAGGUAUGUGAACAUGUUAAGCUGUUUUCCAAACCUUGCAAGAGAUAAGUAUGCCAUUGCAUGCUCCAAAGAUGAUAAAAACAGAUCUAACACAUGAGCAUAUACAAAUUGUGUGUCAACCUGAGUCCAUAAUAUAGGAGCAUAAAAAUGUGAAUAUAGCUAAGGUAUGUUGUUUUCAUAAUCUUCUGAACACUUCUCAAAGGCUGCAAAAUAAAAGGGCAAAUAUAUUUUUUCAUUGAAUUAAACUGAGUCAGCUUAUCAAAAUAGUGUUAUCUUGUGGACUAAUUCAGUUAUAAAAUCAAUUACUCCAUGUGAAAUUAUAAAAAAAAAAAAAGGCUACUGGGCUAAAUGGAAUAGUAGGGAAAUUUUGUUAAGAGGGAAAAAAAAACAGAGUAGGUUAUCUAAAGCUGCUAAUUAAAUAAAUUGGUUUUUAUUUGAUAUCAGAGAGAAAGGUGCUUUACCUACAUUCCCAAAUUCUUACUAAAAUUACUUUUUUUGGGGGGGGGAGAGCAGUGAUAAUGGUGUUCUUACUAUUAUAGGAGCGUCACUUUAUCUUGUCCUUAUUUUAAAAUUUUAAUGACUAUACCAUUAGACUAGAUCCUUCCACUUAUUCUCUUUCUGACUUAUCCCCCCCCCUUUUUUUGCCUACCACCUCUUAAUUUUUCUCACUUCAAAAAAAUGUAUAAAGCUGUAAGAAAAAGUGUUUACAAUAUUCCUUAAAUUAUACAAAAAAUGAAAAAAAGUGGAACAUCCAUUACUUUUUAAGGAAGUGUGUCAGAAAUAGCUUAGCAACAUUUUCCAGCCAUCGUCUGCAUGGUCGUGCGUCACUCAUAGACUAUUUGCAGUUUGCUUGAUACAUUUACA